CGGCCGGUGUUGUGGAGCCCUGGUUGGGGUAAGACGAAAGUUCUGCGCCCCUCGCGAAAAUUGAGUUUGGGCAUGUCGGAGUCUCCGGGAAAACGGCCGAAAAUCGGACCCAGCGAUUGCCUGUCCUACCUGCAGGGCCUGGGAGAUGUCCGCCCGGAGGAUGCCGCACUGCAGCUGGCCCAACGAAUCCAGACGGAGGAGGAUGAGGCUUCGCAGGCGGACACGUGCAGCGGUGCCAACCAAGCCGCCCUGAAUAUCAGCUUCCGGGUGUACUACCACAUAGUGCACAAGUAUGAGCUGCGGGACUCGCACUUCGAGGAUCUAUUCCAGCGGUUGACCAGCGAGCAACCCACUGCCUUCCUGAUGCUGCAAUCCAUUCUGCUAACCGACCACUGGAAGCGUCUGGAUGCUGCGCUGCUGGAGGAAAAAUGCACCACUGCCAUAAUUGAGGCUCUGCAGCGGAACAAUCCCAGCCUGAUGGCCGUGCUCAAGGCCACAAACUUGCUGGUAAAGAAGUUCCCCAAGCUGCAACUCCUUCCGCUGAAGCUGGAGCACUUCUAUCACUGCCUGCAACGCCAGACGCAAACGGGAUCCCGGGAGGAAACGCUGACGCUCUACAACCACUGCUGCAAACAGCCGGAAAGGGCUUUCUCCUACUUUCGCUUGAUUGUGGAGUUCUGGCCGUGGACGAAUCGCAACAAGUACUACCUGCUGAGCGGUGCUCUCAACUCGCAUUCCCUGCCUGAUCUCUUGGCGGCCACUAAUCAAAGCGAAGAGGAGUUCUUGAAUGGCCUGAGGCUCAGCCUGAGCUAUAAGGGACUUCGGGCAGCCAGUCAAUAUCCCGUGAAAAGCUUGAGCAACCAACGCUCCCCGGCACUACUUGCCGCCAGUGUGGAGCUGCUGCUCAACGGAAGUGUGGCCGAGAUACAGAACUUUCAUUCACAGUGGUUCCUGCGCAUCCAACAGCGGGAGGAGUUGUUUGAACUGCUGCAAGCAAAUCCUCAGAUUGUGGAGUUUCUGGCGUCCGAGGAGGUAAGGUCGCCGGGCGAUCAAUUGCGUCUGAUUCUGAUCUUUAGCAUGUUCGCCAAGGAGAUAUAUGCCACCUCUAAGCUGCACUUCUUCAAGAUCAGCACUGAACUGUUGACCAAUUGCAGCCAGAUGGAGACGGAGGCGCAGCUAUUAAUAUUUCGUUUCCUGGUUGAUAAUCUGGGAAACUUUGCCGUCGAGGACUGCCUGGAUUUCUUUCACAGCUUUGUAGAGCGACAUCGCUGCCUGGAGAGCUCAGAGUUCCGGAACACGAUGCUGGGUAAGAUGCCCACGAUUAUCAACCACACGGCCAAGCACUUUCAUAAGGUGCUCAAGGCGGACAGCGGAGUGGGUGGCCAUGCAUUGGCUCAGAAUAUCAAGCGAUUCUUCUCACAUCUUCAGCAACUGAUUGAGCGGGACAUCCACAGCGAGGUUUAUCAACCCAAGAUCUUUGCCCUCAAGUUGCUGGAAAUUCUGAAUCGGUCCCUGUAUGCAGAACAAGUCGCCAAAAAUGCAAAAAUGUGCAGUCCCCAGCAGAAUCAGCAAAUGGGAAUAUUUCUCCUGGAGCACGGGGUAUUUCGACCAAAGGAAAUGGCGCAUCAGCUCUUCGAUACCCUCAACAAUCCACAAGGUUUCGAUGAUGCUUUGGACCUGACUGUGUCUCUGCUCAUUCAGAUGGGCCAUGUGGACUGUGAAAAGUGUGUGGAGCGCUGCUUCGAGCUGUGCCACACAUCUGAUAUGGAUGAAUGCUCCUUGGUUUCCCUCUACGCACAAUUGGCGGUUACAAAAGAUCAGGCUGGAAUAAAGAUAUUUGAUGGAUGUCUGAAGCAGCUUACCGGCCAAUUAGAUCCGUUCUUCGAAGAUCCUUUGCAGACUGCCAAGAGUGGAGGACAUCUCUUUGGUUAUCUUUGCGCAUUGGACGAGGUGGUCAAGGCUGGCUUGGCAGUGGAGACGCCUCUGGAGGACUUGUUGCCAUUGCUAGAGAGAAUUCUUGGCGGCAUUCUCAAGUUCCUCAAUGUGGCCAACGCCCGGCGACAGGAAGAGGCAGCCACUGCAGCCAGUUUCCAGGACAUGGACGAGAGUCUCCAGCUGCUGGUUAGCGAAAGCGCCUUCAAGUCCGAUGGCGAGGAAGAAGCUUGUCGGAAGUACUUACUCAUGAGCUUCUGGUUAACUUUGAAGGGCUGUUGCGAUCUGGCCACCAGCAUUGGGUGUUCCCAACUGCAAAUCUCUGCCAGUACAGCAAACACCGAGGCUUUGCGUCGAUGCCUCAACAUCAAUGUGUCUGUUUUGACGCUUUGCCGGCACAAAGGAGCCAUAGAGGCGGCCGGCUUGAGCAUUGGCAGACUUACCCGUGCCAUCACCAGUAGCUUGGAGAGCAGCGAUUCGGGUUUCCAAAUGCUGCACGAUUGUCUCGAGCGGGAGCUACUGACGGAAAGCCGUCAGGUGAGCACUACGCGACGUGGUGCCGGCUUCGCCAUAAUGUUCCUCCACGUGCUGAAGAACGACAAUCCACGACAGCGGCUGCUGCUCCAUCGCGCUGUGCAGCAAAUUCUUAAGAGGCUAAAUGAAAACCGAUCCGCGGAGAGAGUUUCCCUUGAUAGCAAGCACGAUCGCUGGGAGGCAUUGGUCCUGCAUUACCUUUGCGUUCUCGUGCGCGACACAGAACUGAGGCCAGCUAUGAGCAAGUACUACAAUGAGAUUCUGCUGGUGGCCAUGGAGCACAUCACCAACCCCGAAUGGACCAUUUCGAAUGCGGCACUCCAACUUUUCGGCGCCAAUCUGGGCAAGCUGGUGGGACAGCGCCAGGCCACCGAGUUUGACACGCGUCCCGCUUGGGAACCCAGUGAGCUGGACUACGACGAAUUGGGCUGCUUGCUGCCCAAGGCUUGCGAGCACAUGCUGAGGUGCUGUGAUCGCCAAGAGGUCACGUCCUCCAUAAUACUCUUUCUGGCCUUCCUGUCCAAGGUCGAGCACUUGCGUACAUCGGGCGGCAAGCAGCCGAAUCCACUGCUGAUUCGGUUCCGCCGACUCAGUUGGCGCUUGUUGCGGCACAAAUGUGAUCAGGUCCGCCAGCUGGCGGCCACCUGUUUUGUGCGGUCGCACGAAUUCCGCUGCGAUCUGCCGGCGGCGCUGCUGGCCAGCGCCAAGUUGGCCGCGAAUCUGGAGGAGGAGAACUUCUACGAGGGACUGAUUUACACCCUGACUUCGGGCGUGCUGAAACUCAAGCACGAAGCACGUCAUGUGUGGAGCGCGGGGCGUCUGGAGGGAUUCCUUGAAGAGCUGCUCACAGCGCUGGAUGUCACGGAGCGAGUUCGUCGCUUCAAGCCGUACACGCGGAACGUGUUGCUGGAACUGCUUAGACAGCUCGGUAGUACGGAUAAGGCGGCUCUCGUCGAUUCCCUUGGUUAACAUUAGCAAAUCUAGUUUUAUCUAAUCUUACAUUAAGCCAAAAGUUAUAUUUCCUUGUCAACGCUUUUACAACUAUUCAAAUGACGCAUUUAAUGUUUGUACGCAGUAAACGUAACGAAAGUAUCUACCAAA